CGUGUCCAAAGUGGCCGCCAUUGAUCCUCCGGUAUUCUCGCAGCGGUGUCCGUACUUCCCCAUGCUUCAUCUUCAACCCAAGAACGCCAGCUUUCGGUUCUGAAAUUGCAGACCAUGCAAACCCAAGUGCUCACCAUAAGAAGAACUGCCGGUAUUUCUCACAUCUUUUCUCUCUUUGAGAUUUUCACUUCCCAAUUUCGUUCUUAUACCUCUAGUAUGAAUACCGAUUGUAUUACCCAUUUGGAGAAAUUUGUCCAAGAACGGUGUAAAUCUAGAAACCUAACAGUAGAAGAAGCAUUGGGUUACUUCAAUUCCAUGAUUCAAACGCGACCCGUGCCCUCCAUUUGGGCUUUCAAUCAGUUGCUUGGCUCACUCUCCAACAUGAACCAGUAUUCCACUGUUGUCUCUAUGUAUAGAGUAAUGGUGGGUUCUGAUUAUUUUCGGCCUGAGGUUUGUACAAUGAAUAUUGUUAUUAAAUGUUUAUGCCGUUUAGAGAGAGUAGAUUUGGGUUUCUCUGUUUUAGCGUUUAUACUUAAGAGUGGAAUUCGGCAGAAUUCUCGCACGCUAAGUACUUUGCUUCAUGGGGUUUGCAAGGAAGGCUCGAUGGUUUCAGCGACGGAGUUGUUUCAGGAAAUAGUGGAGGAAAAGGAAUGUAAUGAGAUCACUUACGCGACUAUGAUUAACGGGUUUUGUAAGGCUGGAGAAACUCAUAAGGCAAUCCAGUUGGUUAAGCAAAUGUAUGACAAUGGAAGGGUUAAACCGUUUGUAGGAUGUUUUAAUCCAAUCAUUGAUGGCCUUUGUAAGAAAGGAAGGAUGGAUGAGGCCUUGAGCUUGUUUAAAGAUAUGAUCAACCGUGGCGUUCCCCCAGAUGUUAUUAGUUAUGCAUCCAUAAUUCAUGGAUUAAGCAAAUUGCGUCGGUGCGAAGAAGCCAAGAGAUUCUUGGUUGACAUGCUUGAUCGCGGGAUUUCGCCUGAUGUACAUGUUUUUACUACCUUAAUAGAUUCUCUUUGCAAGGAAGAGAAAACUUUAGAAGCAAUUUCAGUACUUGAAUUAAUGACUGGGAGAGGCAUAGAACCCAAUGUUGUCACAUUCACUUCUUUGAUUUCUAGUUUGUGCAAGUGCGGUCAAUGGAAUGAAGCGAUAGAAUUCUUGGAAAGCAUGUCGGAACAUAGAAUCUCUCCUAAUAUUGUUACAUUCAAUACUAUGUUGGAUGCUCGGUGCAAGGAAGGACAGACCCAAGAGGCACUUGAUCUUGCGGAAGCAAUAACUAAUAAAGGCUUGUUGCCUGUGGUUAUCACCUACAACUCUUUACUAAGCGGAUUGUGUCAUUCGGGUAAAUUGGAAGAAGCUGAGAGAUUGUUUGAUGAAAUGGCGAAUCAGAAUACUUUUCCUGAUACUAGCACUCUAAACAUAAUUUUGAAUGCUCUGUCCAAUGAAAGGAUGAUGGAUAAGGCUGAAAAGUUAUUUCAGGCAAUGGUCGAACAUGGCAAGGCGCUUGAUACAAUUACUUACAACACCUUGAUCAAGGGCUACUGUUUGCAAGGUGCAAUGGGCAAAGCCAAAGACGUGUUCGAUCAGAUGGCAGUAAAGGGUGCUCUUCCUAACACCAUUUCCUAUAACACCUUGGUUCACGGUUACUUAAAGGUCAAAAGAGUUGAUGUCGCUCUCAAGCUUCUCAAGGACAUGAUCCAGAAUGGACUAGUGCCUAAUCACGUGACAUGGAAGUCUUUGAAAAGCAUUCAUGCUCUUAAGCUUGAAGUAUCCAUACAGUAAUUGUCAAUGGGGGUGAGGUUAAGAUUUGAUUAUUUAUGUUUUUAUAUACUACUUAGGUCAUGUUAGAUCUAGUCUGUUUUCAAGGUUUUGAGUUUAUGUACGAACAUCAAGUGUAACAUAGUUUUGUAUGCUAUAAUUUUAUAGUGGUUGUUUUUG